AUGGUUAAAAGGAAAAUUGAAUAUCAAGAACUUUUUGAUGAAAAAGCUUCUGGUAUUUCUCAUGGAAAAGUAUUUAAUAAGUAUAAAUCAAAUGAACUUUUUUUAAAUGGUCAUACACUAGAUAAAAAUGAUAUAUAUGAAGAUAUAUCAGACAGAUUGUCUGUAAAUGAUGAAUACGAGUCCUUUGAUGCUGAACCGGAUAUUCGGGAUGUUGAUUUGUCUGUACAAAACAGAAGAUCUUUGUCAUGUGCUCAAGCUGGAAUUAUAAGGUCUAUUGAGCUUGUUAAUUUUAUGUGUCACAAGUACUUAAAAGUCGAUGUAUGUCCUAAUAUAAAUUUUCUUGUAGGCCGUAAUGGAAGCGGAAAAAGUGCUAUACUUACUGCAAUUACUGUAUGUUUAGGAGGAAAAGCUACUAUUACUAAUCGUGGCUCUAAUAUUAAAAAUUUGAUUCGAGAAGGCGCAAACUCGUCUUCUGUAACAAUUAUACUUAAGAAUACUGGGGAUGAUGCAUAUAUGCAUGAUAUUUAUGGAGAUACUAUUAUUAUAGAACGAAGAUUUACUAGAGAAUCUGGUGGCGGAUAUAAAAUCAGGUCUUCUGAUAAUCGUGUGAUAUCUACGAAAAGAGAAGAAUUAGAUGCGAUUAAUGAUCAUAUGGGCUUGCAGGUUGACAAUCCUAUGACUGUUCUUACUCAAGAUACUGCUCGUCAAUUUCUUGGUAAUUCUACUGCUGAAGAAAAAUAUAAAUUCUUUAUGAAAAGCGUUCAAUUAAUUCAGUUAAAUAAUGAUUAUAAUUUAAUUAAUGAAACAAUCGAAACUACAGCAAAUGUUAUUAAAACAAAAAAAGAAGGUUUAAAUCUUUUAAAGCAAUCUGUGGAUGAUGCGCGUGCUCGUUUUCAAGAGACUUUUAGAAUUCGUGAAAUGUAUGAACAGUUGGAUAAACUUAAAGAUGAAAUGGCAUGGGCUCAAGUUGAAGAACAAGAAAAAAAACUUGAUGAUAUUAAUAGUUUUUUAGAAAUUCAAAAAAAAAAGAUGAUUUGUGCUCAGGAAGAAUAUCAUAAAUUAGAAUCCAAUCUUUCUGAUUUGCAAAUUAAGAUUACAGAUACUCAAAGAAAUCUUGAUUCUAUAAAAGAUAAUGAAAUAUCACUUUUUAAUCAGCAGCUUUUAGAGAUAAAACAUAAAUUGGAUUCAAAUAAUGAAGAAAUUAAGGAAUUGAUGAUACAAGAACGUGAACUUUUAGCUCAAAUAAAUAUAGCUAAUGAAGAAAUAAAAUCUUGUUUACAGAGGAUUUUUGAUGAAAAAAAGUAUUUUAGUAUUGAUGGUAGUUCUCAAGAAAGGCUUAAAGUAAGAAAAGAAGAAUUAAAUUUAGAAAUUUCAUCAUUAAAAUCAAAUAAUUAUGAAAUAGAUAUGUUAAUAGAACAACUUCAAAAAGAUAUUGAGUUCGAAAAUAGUAAAUUUUUGAAAACUAAAGAUUUUAUUAUAACACAAGAUAAAACUGUUAAAGUUUUGUAUGAUCAAUUAAUCUCUUUUCAACAAGCAAAAAAAAAUCGCUUAGCUGCGUUUCAUCCUCGAAUGCCAAUAUUAGUGCAAGCAAUAGAACAAGAGACACGUUUUUCUUCAGUCCCUAUUGGACCUUUUGGGAAAUUUAUUGACGUGUUAAAACCUGAAUGGUCGUUUGUUCUUGAAACGUUUUUUGGAACAACACUUAAUGCUUUUUUGGUGAAUAAUACCAAAGAUGAGAAAAUAUUGAGGAACAUUAUGCAGAAAUGUAAUUGUUUUUCAAGUAUUAUUAUAGGGAGUGAUGAUUUGUUUGAUUACUCUAAAGGAGAACCUGAUAAUGAAUUUGAUACUAUACUUAAAAUUUUAAACAUUAAGGAUGAGUUUAUUAAGCGCCAACUUAUAAUUCAUCAUCAAAUAGAGUCAACUAUUCUGAUUAAAGAUAGACAUAUAGCUGAUGAAAUUAUGUAUAAUAGACCAAAUAAUGUUACUGCAUGUUAUUCGUUGCAUAAAAAUGGGCGAGAUGGAUUCAAAAUUGGAGGUAAACAAGGUUCUUCCAGUAGUAUACCCUUGGAUGGUUGGAGAAAGGCACUCCGUCUUUCAGAAAAUAUAGAUAAUCAGAUGUCGUCAAUACAUAAGUUAAUUAGUAAUGCUGAAUUAGAGUAUAAAUCUCUUUUAGAAGUUCAAGAAUCGCAUAUAGUUUCUUUAAAAAAAAUGGAGUUUGAAAAAGAAAAAUUGGAGAAUCAAAAAAAGAAUUUGAAGUGUCAGAUAAAUGAAAAAUUAGAUGAAUUAGAUGAUAUAAAUGAGCAAUUUAAUGAGAAGAAGGAUAUGGGAAAAAUUGAAGUUCUUGAAGAGAAUAUUAAAGAUGCAAAAGAAUUAAUAAAAAAUUAUCAAGGACAACAUAAUGAUAUUUUGGAUGCUAAAAAUAAAUUGAAUAAAAUGAACAUUUUAUUUGAAGAGGAAUUAGCUCUAAAAAAAAAAAAAAUAUUGAAGAGUGAAGAGUCAAUUGAGAAGUUAAGGAAAGUACUAGACGAUCUUAUAGAUGAAAGGAUUCAAAAAAAGGCCGAUUCUGAGCAUUAUAAAAAAAAAGCUGAUGAAUAUUUGGUAAAAAUUGCUGAGAUUACUGAAAAUAAAAUUCAACAAGAAAAAGUUGUAAAUUUAUUCAUUAAACAAGCUUCUCAAAUUAGUAAGAGAGUUGAAGUUAAUCAUGACGCACGUUAUUUAGAUAAUCUUAUUAAACAAAUGGUUAAAAGGCUUGAUGAUGCUCAGCAGCGCUUAGGUUCUACUGUAGAAGAUAUUGCUCAGGAGUUUGAAAAGUUACAGAAAGAUUUUCAGAGUAUUUUUAUGGAAGUUAAAGAUCUUGAAGUUUUACAUGAUGAUUUGCAAAAUACUUUAAAAGAAAGACGUUUGAGAUGGAAAUACUAUAGAAGUAUGAUUUCACUGCGUACAAAAAUGUUGUUUCAUCAUUUUUUGUCUAUGAGAGCAUUUAAUGGGAAAUUAAAAAUAGAUCAUAAAGCAGGGACUCUUGAACCUAUUGUUUAUACUGAUCGUGUUAUAAAUGAAAAAAAUAUCCUUAAGAAUAAUACUAUUAAAGGUUUGUCUGGUGGAGAGAAGUCUUUUUCAACGGUUUGUUUACUUUUAUCAAUAUGGGAAGCAAUGGGUAGUCCUAUUCGUUGUUUAGAUGAAUUCGAUGUAUUCAUGGAUGCUGUUAAUCGUAGAAUAAGUAUAAGUAUGAUGAUAGAUGCUGCACGUGAUGCAAGCACAACACAAUUUAUCUUAAUUACUCCUCAAGAUAUGGGAAGUAUAAGAUUUGGGCCAGAUAUAAAAAUAAUUAAAAUGAAAGAUCCUGAAAGGAAUCAAGCUAUAUUAACAUUUGAGUGA